AACUCAAACGACGACGAUGUCUUCAAUAAUAGAAUUCCAGAAAGCUAGUGCCAACAAACUCAAACUGUUCUAUGAGGCGCCAUUAAAAAUCAUCAAUAACCUCACAAACGUCACUCCAGAGACAAUAAAAACAGCGGCUGGAAAUAGCGUAAAAGAGCUUCAAAAGCAUGACGAAAUCAAUACAGCAAAGGUAGAUGCUAGUCAAUUCCCUCAUCAAGCUGCUAUUGGUGCAAACUUGGCUAACUUCAGCUACUCACUUAAGAAAACCCAAAGGUCAAAGUUAGACAUCAAACCAUUAGAGGAUAAUCCAUCAGCUGAGCCACUCAAUUGGAAUACAGGUGAAAUCUAUGCUAACGCUCAAAACCUCGCUAGAGAAUUGAUGGAAAUGCCACCAAAUUACUGCACUCCAACUUACUUUGCUGAGAGAGCAGCUAAGGAAUUUGAAGGUAUUGAGAAUAUCAAGCUUCAAGUAUUUGACAAAGACUGGGCACAGUCUAUGAAGAUGAACACUUUCUUGUCCGUCGCUCAAGGUAGCACCGAGCCAUGCAAAUUCUUGCAAAUUGAGUACAACGGAUCCGCAAACAAGGAGGAUAAGCCACUUGCACUCGUCGGUAAAGGAAUCACAAUGGACACCGGUGGUAUUUCUAUUAAAGGAGGUGCAGGAAUGGAUCUUAUGAGAGGUGAUUGCGGUGGUGCUUGCACCCUUUUGGCAACUACACAAGCUAUUGCUAAGCUCAAGUUGCCAAUUAAUGUCGUUUUCGUUGCACCACUCACAGAAAACAUGCCUUCUGGAACUGCAACAAAGCCAGGUGAUAUCAUCACUUCCAUGUCAGGAUUGACUGUAAACGUGCUCAAUACGGAUGCCGAGGGUAGGUUGGUCUUAGCUGACGCACUUUACUAUGUCUCGACCAAGUUCGAUCCACACACGGUCAUUGAUUGUGCAACACUCACAGGUGCAAUGAUGAUUGCACUUGGUGAAGCAUACAGCGGUAUCUUCUCUACAACUGAUGAUUUAUGGAAGUUGCUCGAGGACGCUGGUCUGGCGGAGAAUGACAAAUUCUGGAGAAUGCCAUUCGAUGAUUUCUACUUGAAGCAGAUUAACAAUACAGCUGCUGAUUUAGCAAACACUGGCGGCCGUCCAGCCGGUGCAUGUACUGCUGCUAUCUUCCUCAAGCAAUUCGUCGAUGGUAUCAACUUCAAUGCUGAAGAGGGUGAAAAGCCACGCCGUCAAUAUGCACACAUUGAUAUUGCAGGCUCUAUGGAGUGCACUAAACCUGAAAGCUACAAUACUAAGGGCAUGUCGGGACGUCCAACUAGGGCACUUAUUGAAUACGCUAGAAGAUUAGCUGAAAAGAAAUAAAUUCCUGUAUGAUGAAGUAAUUCUAACUUUGAGUUUUGAUUUCUUACU